CCGAGGUCCACAAGGCAUUUCAGCCUCCGCAAUGGGCCAAGCAUUUGGUAUCGUAGCUCCUUACAAACAGGAAGCUCUCAACCUACCUCAUACAGAGCUUCUUCGAAUGCUCUUUGAUCGAUCACCGGCAAGCCUUGUCGAACUCUUUGCACAUCCCGUUGAACCCCAUGCCUUCCCUAAAUUUGAGCCAGAGAGGAUCGGCCGUAGACUGAAGUUCGAAGUUGGCAAUGAGGCGAGUGGUGAAUUCAAUCAAAGUUCACUCUACGCUCUCCCAAACGAAUUGCUCGACAUUAUUUUCGAACUCCUUAACAUGGAAGAUGCUGUCAGUCUUAGUCUUUCUAACUCUCUUUUUGAACGCGUGGGUCAAAAGCACAUUCGAGCCCUCUACAUUCCGCAUCUUGGCCGGUGGGCAGAUGAGCGUGUCAUUGCUAUUGGAAAAAAUAUAUAUGCCGGUGAUUGGCCGGAACUUUUACUAGACAAGGAUGGUAGGGAUGAAUUUGAUGCUCUGGUAGAUGAGGAUACCGGAAUCUGGGCGACCCUAUACGAUGUUUUCACACUCGCUCUAGAAGAUAAUCCACUCUCUCCACAUGCGUCGCAAACCCUCCCAGAUAAGUUCCUCGGGGAUGUGCUAAAGGAUCGGAGGUGGAAUAGCAUCACGCAUUGGGAAGCAUCUCGACUCUUGGACAUAAUUUGUCCUUGGAAUGACUGGCCGGGUGACUGCUACGACAAGAAGGAGCCGUGGGUAUUACGGAACUUAAAUAAAAAGGAACUCGUAAGAGUGGCUGCGAUCGCUUUGAGACCAGAGUACAUCCAUGGGCCAUUCGUCGAUUUUCUAGGUCUAGGCGAAGCUAUUUUGUCCCGGAUAUGUUGGUCAUCUGAACCAGUGCAACGUCAGAACUGCCAGAGAAGCGACCUGAAUCUUCAUCGAGGUGUCUGGGCUGGGGAUGCUCUGGACAUUGUUCUUCAAGUCAGACAUGAACAAGGGGUGAAAAGGAAGAAAGAAGGACAUCUAUGGAAGGAUGUUAGCGACGAAGUCUCAAGUGAAUUACGGCGUCUCUGGAAAAUAGAAUUUGGAGGAAAUUGGCAAGAAAUUAUCUGCAAGACUUCAAAGGAAAUGCAGAAUUCACGGAUAAACCAUCAGGUAGGGCUGAUACGGCGGGAAAAGGGACACUCUAUGGCACCGGAGGAAUUCAGCCGAACCUUGAAACGACACCUGGAUAUGGUCCCUCCGGAUUGGCAAGUUGUUGGUGCUUGAGGCAUUACUGCUGUUACUUAGGCUGUGUUAUAUACACUGCUUGUUUCCUAUUUCAACAUUUAGAGGGCUUUGUCACAGCGCUAAUAUCCUACAACGACCCUCUCCGGACUCGUUCUCG